AUGUAUUCAGAUAUACCCGCUCAUGCCUACCAAUUCAAUUUCGCUAACAACCCCAACUGGUCACGUUUCUACGCUGAAGGCGGUGAGAUACAUGAGUACUUGAAGGAUGUUGCAUGGAAAUACGACGUGGAAAAAUAUGUUCGCUUUCGCCAUCGUUUCGAAUCUGCAGAGUGGAACGAAACAGACCACAAAUGGAUUAUCACUUUGAAAGAUCUUGAAACACAGCAGGUCAAAAUUGACAUUGCGGACGUACUUUUGAAGGGUACUGGCAAUUUGAACCAGUGGGAUUGGCCAGAAAUUCCUGGCUUGCAUGAUUUUCAGGGACCAUAUAUGCACUCGGCUAAAUGGGAUGAGACUUUCGAUUGGACGGAUAAAACAGUCGCGCUACUAGGCGCAGGUUCAAGUGGUAUCCAGAUCUUGCCCAAGAUCCAGCCCAAAGCCAAACGUGUGGUUCAUUUUGUGAGGAACAAGAUGUGGAUCUCGCCCGUCGGGGUUUCAAAGGAUGAGCCUGAUAAUGUCAUUCACACGGAGGAGCAGAAGAAUUUGUUCGCGGAAGAUCCCGGCGCUUAUCUUGCGUACCGCCACAAGAUCGAAGCUGGUAUUAACCAAGUUGCAUUGGUCACCAUGCGUGACACAGAAAUACAGAAGCAUUUCUGGACAUUAUGCCAAGCUUCAAUGAAAGAAAAGCUCAAGAAGAAACCAUGGCUCUAUGAGGCCAUGUGCCCAGGUUCAGCCUACCCACCAGGCUGUCGACGAAUUACGCCAGGCCCCGGGUACUUGGAAGCGCUCGUGGAAGACAACGUUGAAGUCGUCAACACGGGUGUCAGCAGAGUUACCGAGACUGGGCUUUACGACGACAAUGGAGAUUUCCACGAAGUCGACGCCAUUAUCUAUGCUACUGGCUUCAAUUAG